AUGGUUUUUGCCAUUGAAGAGAUUAACCGGGAUUCCAGCUUUUUGCCCAACGUCACUCUUGGCUUCCGGAUCUUUGAUACCUGUGAAACAGUUUCACGAGCCCUUUUGUUGACCAUGCAGUUUCUUGGGGGCCAUCAACAAGCCAUCCCGAACUUUCGUUGCAGGCACAUGCCUCCGCAAGCCGGUCUUAUAGCUGAGGCUGGCAUCACCGAGUCAAGAGCAAUAGCUGGCUUGUUGCAUCUCUACAGAUACCCCCAGAUCAGUUACUUCGCCACUGGCCCAGUGACCAUCGACGGGAUCCAGUUCCCUUCUUUCUUCCGCAGCGUCCCCAGCCACAAACUCCAGGCCCUCAGCUUAGCUCGGCUGGUGAUCCAUUUCGCCUGGACAUGGGUUGGCCUGCUCGCAGCGAACUCCGAGUAUGGGAAUCAAGGCAUUGAGACUGUGCGUGAGGAGAUCGUCAAGGAGAAGGUGUGCAUCGCGUUUUCGCACCUGCUCCCCAAAUUGACUGAUCUACGUGGCACUGAGUUGGUUGCUGAAGCGAUUGUGAAAUCCCGGGCCCGUGUCAUCGUCAUCUUCUGUGGGUCCGAUGCUCUGCCUCUGCUGAUCCAGCUGUACGAUUGGGGAGUGGCAGGGAAGGUGUGGCUGUGUUCUGAAGCCAUGAGCCACAUCACCGUCUUCAGGAACCUGAAGGCCUUGCGGAUGCUUGACGGUGCGCUCUCCACCUCUCCUCGCAAAGAGCAGGUUCCGGGCCUGAGGGACUUCCUCCUCCACCUCCACCCUUCUCGUACUCCAGAAGACCUCUUCAUCCAUGAGUUCUGGAGCAAGGUCUUCAAUUGCCAGUGGAACGUGAGCUCCGUGAUGCAGGGAAACGUUCCAUAUUACUGCACGGGAAAGGAGAGUUUGAGGAAUGGUACCAACUCCUUCAGCAACAUGACGGGUUUUGGCUUGGCAUUCAACGUCCACAACGCGGUUUAUGCCCUUGGCCACGCCCUGCAUGACAUGGCGCAAGAGGAGCCAGGCAGACUGAAGACCCUGGUGAACACGGCACAAGCAGGAACUCAUGAGUUCGGCCCUUGGAAGAUGCUUCCGUACUUGAGGAAACUCCAUUUCAAGAACAAGGUGGGUGAGGAAGUCUCUUUCGAUGAACACGGUGACCCUCCUGCCCUCUUUGAUGUCCUCAACUUACACUCCCCCUCUGCAAAAGUCAUCAAGUUUGUGCAAGUAGGACGAAUUGCAUCUGGCCCCUCCCAAGCUGAAGAGGUGGAGGUUAAUGUCAGCGCCAUCAUGUGGGCUGGAGGAAGAACAGAGAUCCCCAUCUCAGUGUGUACGCCGAGCUGCUCCAUGGGCUACCGAAAAUCCCACCGCUCAGAUAUGGCGACUUGCUGUUUUGAUUGUGUUCCAUGUGCAAACGGGGACAUUUCGAACCAGACCGAUUCUUCCGUCUGCUCAAGAUGCCCAGAAGACCAAUGGCCUGAUGUAGGGCAGACACGGUGUGUACCCAAAAAGGAGCUAUUUCUCCCCUUCCAUGAGCCUUUGGGGGCCAGCCUGGCCAGCGCCUCCGUCUGUGGCUCCUUCCUGCCCGUCCUGAUCCUCGCCCUAUUCCUCGCGCGCCGAGAAACGCCACUGGUCCGGGCCAACGGCCGCGAGCUGAGCUACCUGCUGCUGGCCGGGCUGGCGCUCAGUUUCCUUUGCUGCCUGCUGUUCCUCAGACGGCCCUCUCACAGAGCCUGCUUGCUGCGCCAAGUCCUUUUCGGGAUGACCUUUGCCCUCUGUCUCUCUUGCAUCUUGGCCAAGACGCUAAUGGUUGUGGCGGCUUUCAGGGCCACCAGCCCUGGCAGCCGCACAAGGCUGUGGCUGAGCCCCCGGAUGCCCCGAGCCGUGAUCCUGCUGGGCUGCGUCCCCCAGAUCCUCCUGUGCGUGGCAUGGCUGGUGGCUUCCCCUCCCGCCCCCGAAAGAGACUCGCGCUCUGUUCCCCACGCCAUCACCCUGCUGUGUGGCGAAGGCUCGCCUGCCGCGUUCUGGGCCAUGCUGGCCUAUCUGGGCCUUCUGGCGGGACUUAGCUUGACUGGGGCCUUCUUGGCACGGAACCUCCCCGACGCCUUCAACGAAGCUCGGCUGAUCUGUUUCAGUUUAUUGGGGUGCCUCGGCGUCUGGUUAGCGUUCGUCCCGGCCUACCUCACCUCAAGGGAACGGUACGCAGCAGCCACGGAGGCCUUUGCUAUCCUAGGCUCCAGCUUGGCCUUGCUCAGCGGAAUGUUUCUCCCCAAGUGUUACAUCUUGUUAUUCCGCCCUGAGCUGAACACCCGAAAGCUGCUCAUGAGAACAGCGGAACGCUCCCGGAUUUAA